AUGGUGCUAGAGGCAGGGGAGAAACACUUGCUGAUUGACGCUGAUCUGAACAUCAUCACUAAUUGUGUCACUGAGGAGAGUGGUCGCCUCAUCUCCAGAGACCUCUGUUCCUCCGUGACUCUACCGAUGCCAACCCAGCACCCUGCCCAGACUCCGCCCCUGCCCUCUCUUUUCCAGAACCCCACCGAGGCCACUCUCAUUCUUCCCGGUCAGUGCAUCAGCCCUUCGGAGGCCCAGCGUCAUGCGCUCCUGUUUGCAGGAUCCAUGGCCUCAGUAAACGGCAGUGGGUUUAAGAGCCUUCUCCACCUGACAGUCCUAUUCGCCUUGCUUUUGUUGAUGCUUUUUCAACUGUUAGUCGGUCUCCUGGUGCCGCGAGCUUAUCGCACCUCGGCGGGUUUUGGGCCCGAAGACGAGCCCGACUUUACCGUAAUUAGUAUCAAGAACGAUGGUAGCGCGAGAGAAUCAAAGAGUGACACUGGUGACGUUGCCCGAGAGUGGAGCUCAAAUAGCGGCGGAGAGUUGUGGACUGAGGAGGAGCCGGCUGGACAAUCGACGUACGAGAAGAGUGAGCGCAGCACACACCAGGCUGUCGUUGGAGUGUUGAAUCUGCAGCCGUGGGCUUCAGGGGGACCGUCAUUUAACGCUGAAGUACAGCGGCUCAUUCAUUUCAUCACAUCGCCGCAGAUGAAAUGCGCUUCAGUACAGAGUCUAGGUAAGACUCUGGUCUCUACAGAGUCUGAGGUUCUUUGCCUGAACUACUGGACAGAUGAUGAGUUCUGUGUGGCAUACUCUUUCAGUCUGGAUGGAAAGGAUGCUGUGUUUUUGGAGACAGCAUUACGUGCAGGGUGUGAGGUACAUCGAUUUGAUCCUAGCAGGUCAGAGCCCAAUAGCGGUUCUGGGUCCCCAGCAAUUUGGCAUCAUCAGAUCUGGUUAGACUGGCGCAGCCGUCCCCACGGAGGCAUGACUGGCAUCGUGCCCCGCAGACUGCCAGACAUUAUGGGCUCCCUGGGACACAACAUGAUAGAUGUCCUUUGGGCGAAUCUGGAGAGUGCAGAAUGGCGUGUUCUGGAGAGCUGGUUUGAGGAUGGCACCCUGAGACGGAUCAAUCAGCUCAUUCUAACCAUUCACCUGCAGUGGGCGGGGUUUGAGGUGAGCGGCUCAAAUGAAGAAGUGGUGCGUUUUUGGUACAGCGUUCUGAGCGCCCUGUACAGCUCUGGAUUCCGCCUUGUCCGUUCUUCUCAUGGGCCUGGACGAUCGGUGCUGCGACACACUCUCCCCAACACACACAGUUCAUACACACUCAACUGGGUCAGAACCAAGGAUCAGCAACCACAAGUAUCACUCUGA